UUGUUUUGUUUUUUGCUGUGGAGAUUUCAGAAUUGGCAGCACUCACUCACAUGAUUCUUUUUCAUGGUUAGGUUUGGGGCCGGCCACGGCCUUGUCGAAAGGGGGAGGAGGUAGGAAGAGUAAGAAGAGGAAAGGGACAAGAUACCAGAACAAAAUGGCUGAAAAGCACCAUGAUUGGGUUGCAAGGAAGGAAGCCCAAGACAUGUGGCAGGGGUGGAGGGGAAGAAGGGUACAGUGCACUGAACUUCACCUCGUGCCAAAAAGCAGGGCCUGAUUGAUGGUUACUUCCUCUCUAACCUAGACCCCCUUUUGUUUCCUCUCCCCUGCAUACAUACAUCCCUGCCUUGCUGCCUCUGCUCUGCUCCCUCAUUUCACCCCCCCCCCCCACCCCAUGAGGCCAUAACCCUCGGGCUCUAUCAUCAAGGCUUCCUGCCUUCCUCAUGGGGUGGCUCCGCUCCCUCUUCUCCCCCCUGAGGAAGAUCAUUGUCCGCGCACAUUCGGCGCGCAAAUACCGGAGGGGGAUGAGGAUCCUGUACAAGGACGUCAAGUCCUGCGAGGACGAAGAUGUGCACGUCCUGUGGUCCAUCCUGGUCGACUCGCACCGCCACCCGGCCAUGGUGAAGCUGAAGCUCUAGGACGGCCAUGGCGGCGGCACGCGGUUUUCGCCGUCGAGCCGGCGGCCAUCAUCUUUCGUGUGGAACUGCACAGUUUCAAUGGCAAUGCCGUCCGGGAAAAGACGAGCAGAUACUUUCCUUGUGUGUGUGCGUGUGUGACACCGGUCUGAUGUGUGCAUCUUGUGACUUUGUGGGUGAGGUUGAGACGUCGCCUUUGCUUUGAUGUGAGUGUGAGGUUGAGCUGAUGUAUCUGUAUAUAGAAAGCUCUGGGUGCCUUACCUAAUGGUAUUGAGUUUGGUUUCUUUUCCAUUGUUUUUUGCUCAGUCAUAAUUUCUCGGUUGACUUGUGUGCUUGUUGUGUGUUUGCGCUUUCAAUUGUUUGUGGAUAUUUGUAUUAUAUUGCUGUGUAUGGGUUUGUAUAGCAGAGACAUUGAUGUCAAGAUUGUAAAAUAAUGCGGUGGUUCUACCCAUUUUUAUAA